GGCCAAACCCUGAAAUUACCCGGAUGUGGUCUCCGCGCGCGCAUGCUCAGUGUCUUCUCGACAAGUUGGCAGCAACAACACGGCCCUGGUCGUCGUCGCUGCUGCGGUAACGGAGUGGCUCGGGUGACUGAGCCCGCGUUCACGCCCGCCCGCUCUUCUCAGGAGGCUCUUCCCACCUUCCCCUCGGCUCCGCGGCCUCCCAGGGGGCGGGAGCGGGUGAGGGGAGUCGGGCGCUCACGAGAGAGGCCCCCCGCCGCGGGGCGGCCCGGGAGCUCGAGGCGGCCCGGCCCGCGCGGGCAGCGGCGCGGCGCCGAGGAGGGGCGGCCUGCCCCGGACGCCUCGGAGCGGGGGUCGAGGAGCGCUCCGGGCCGCCGGGGGAAACCACGGGCGCGGCGCGUCAGCGGACGAGCAGCGGCGGGAGAGUGAACUCUCCUCGCCAGCGCCCGAGCCCAGGUUAUCCUGAACACCAGAUGUCUAACAAUUUUCCUUGCAACGUUAGCCAUUGUUUCCCAUUGCCUCCAAAAGAUCAAAAUUGCUCCAGAUAUUGGAGAGAGAUUUGAUUUAAAAGAAAAAACUUGAACAAAUGGACAAUAUGUCUAUUACGAAUACACCAACAAGUAAUGAUGCCUGCCUGAGCAUUGUACAUAGUUUGAUGUGCCAUAGACAAGGUGGAGAAAGUGAAACAUUUGCAAAAAGAGCAAUUGAAAGUUUGGUAAAGAAGCUGAAGGAGAAGAAAGAUGAAUUGGAUUCCUUAAUAACAGCUAUAACUACAAAUGGAGCUCAUCCUAGCAAGUGCGUUACAAUACAGAGAACAUUGGAUGGAAGACUUCAGGUGGCUGGUCGGAAAGGAUUUCCUCAUGUGAUCUAUGCCCGUCUGUGGAGGUGGCCAGAUCUUCACAAAAAUGAAUUAAAGCAUGUUAAAUAUUGUCAGUAUGCAUUUGACUUAAAAUGUGAUAGUGUUUGUGUGAAUCCAUAUCACUAUGAACGAGUUGUAUCACCUGGAAUUGAUCUCUCAGGAUUAACACUGCAGAGUAAUGCUCCACCAAGUAUGUUGGUGAAGGAUGAAUAUGUUCAUGACUUUGAGGGACAGCCAUCGUUAUCCACAGAAGGACAUUCAAUUCAAACCAUUCAGCAUCCACCAAGUAAUCGUGCUUCGACAGAGACAUACAGCACCCCAGCUCUUUUAGCCCCUUCUGAGUCAAAUGCUACCAGCACCACCAACUUUCCCAACAUUCCUGUGGCUUCCACAAGUCAGCCUGCCGGUAUUCUGGCAGGUAGUCAUAGUGAAGGACUGUUGCAGAUAGCUUCAGGGCCUCAGCCAGGACAGCAGCAGAAUGGAUUUACUGGUCAGCCAGCUACUUACCAUCAUAACAGCACUACCACCUGGACUGGAAGUAGGACUGCUCCAUACACACCUAAUUUGCCUCACCACCAAAACGGCCAUCUUCAGCACCACCCGCCUAUGCCGCCCCAUCCCGGACAUUACUGGCCAGUUCACAAUGAGCUUGCAUUCCAGCCUCCCAUUUCCAAUCAUCCUGCUCCUGAGUAUUGGUGUUCCAUUGCUUACUUUGAAAUGGAUGUUCAGGUAGGAGAGACAUUUAAGGUUCCUUCAAGCUGCCCUAUUGUAACUGUUGAUGGAUAUGUGGAUCCUUCUGGAGGAGAUCGCUUUUGCUUGGGUCAACUCUCCAAUGUCCACAGGACAGAAGCCAUUGAAAGAGCAAGGUUGCACAUAGGCAAAGGUGUGCAGUUGGAAUGUAAAGGUGAAGGUGAUGUUUGGGUCAGGUGCCUUAGUGACCAUGCAGUCUUUGUACAGAGUUACUACUUAGACAGAGAAGCUGGGCGUGCACCUGGAGAUGCUGUUCAUAAGAUCUACCCAAGUGCAUAUAUAAAGGUCUUUGAUUUACGUCAGUGUCAUCGACAGAUGCAGCAGCAGGCGGCCACUGCACAAGCUGCAGCAGCUGCCCAGGCAGCAGCCGUGGCAGGAAACAUCCCUGGUCCAGGAUCAGUAGGUGGCAUAGCUCCAGCUAUCAGUCUCUCAGCUGCUGCCGGCAUUGGUGUUGAUGAUCUUCGUCGCUUAUGCAUACUCAGGAUGAGCUUUGUGAAAGGCUGGGGACCGGAUUAUCCAAGACAGAGUAUCAAAGAAACGCCUUGCUGGAUUGAGAUCCACUUACACCGGGCCCUCCAGCUCCUAGAUGAAGUACUUCACACCAUGCCUAUUGCAGACCCACAGCCUUUAGACUGAGGUCUCUCACUGUGGGGGCCCUUACCAUUAUCAGGAUGGUGGACUAUAAGAUACAAUCCUGUUUAUAACCUGAAGAUCUGUUUCAUUUUUGUUCUGCUUUAUCUUUUCAUAAAGGGUUGAAAAAUGUGUUUGCUGCCUUGCUCCUAGCAGACAGAAACUGGAUUAAACAAUUUUUUUUCCUAUUUAGAACUUUUCAGGCAUGGUGCAGAGCUGGAAGAUCAGGAAGAACUCAUUCUUACUGUCUUUAUCAGUAAUGUAUGAAGGAGUCAUUCCAGUGCUGGAAAAUUUAGCCCUUUAAAAUGUCUUGGAGCCUUUUAUAUGCAGAACAUUGGUAUGCGUGUUAUUCUACAGAGUAAAUUCAAUAUUAUUGAUUUUAAAGGCAGAGAAGUUCUCAAAGUUAAUUCACCUAUGUUAUUUUUUGUGCAAAUUGUUAUUGUUGAACAUACUUUACUCCAAAAUAUUGUGCCAUGCAGGUGAGUUAAUUUUACCAAGAGCAACUUUACUCUGUAUUUAAAAAAAUAAGAUAGUAAUGUAUUAUAACCUUUUAUCCAAAAUAUUUUUUGCAAGUUAAACUAGUGAAGAUGAUUUCAAUUCAGAUUGUCUUGCAACUUCAGUUUUAUUUUGCCAAGGCAAAAAACACUAAUUUGUGUGUAUAUUGAGAAUUCCUUAAAUUUACCAGACAAAGAAAUGUAACAGAUACUGCAUUUUUUUUAUCCCUAUUGGGUGACUAUUUAUCAAGAAGUAUACUUUUGCCCUGUUUAAACAGUAGUUGUAUUCUUCUGUAUAUCUAGGCACAAGGGUGGUUUCUAAGAAGCCUAGAAGAGGAAUUUCUUUUCCUUCAUUAAUUCAUAGGGAAAGGUUUUGUAUUUUAAAAAACACUAAAAGCAGUGUCCUCUACCUAAUAUCUCACUGUUCUACAAAGGUGCAGUGCUUAAACUAAAUAAUGAGUGUGUUGGAAACUGCUAAAUUCUGUGUUAAAUACUGUGCAGAAUAAUGGAAACAUUGCAGUUCAUAAUAGGUAGUUUGGAUAUUUUUGUACUUGAUUUGAUGUGUGACCUUUUUUUCGUAUACUGUUUAAAUCAUGUAUGUUAUGACAUUGUUUAAAAUUCAGUUUUUGUAUCUUGGGGCAAGACUGCAAACUUUUAUACCUUUUGGUUAUUCUAAGCCCUUUGCCAUCAUUGAUCAUAUCAAUUGGCAGUGACUUUGUAUAGAGAAUUUAAGUAGAAAAGUUGCAGAUGUAUUGACUGUACCACAGACAUAAUAUGUAUGCUUUUUACCUAGCUAGUAGCAUAAAUAAAACUGAAUCUCAACAUACAAAGUUGAACUCUAGAUUUGAUUUUUAAAAUUUUGUUCUUUUGCACUUUGAGUCCAAUCUCAGUGGCAAGACACCUUCUACUAAUGACAGGCAACAGCCAGUUGUAUUGGGCAGCUUUGGUUUUUCCCUCACACCCUACCAGGACUUUCCCAUGGAUGUUAUAUAUCGUGUGUAGAAUUGAUUUUUUUUUUUUUAAACUUUUACUAUGGCAAAAAACAAAACAAAACAAAACAAAACAAAAAAACCCUGAUUGUCUACAGACAAGAGAUUAUCUACAAGAUAAGUAGUAUGAAAUAAAAUCAAAGAUUAUCUUUCAGAUGUAUUUAGUUUCUGCUUGGAGGACUUCUGUAAGCUUUCUAAGAUUCUUUAAGGUGUGUUAUACAUUUAAGCUCUAGAAACACUUUGGCAUAAUGACCCUUCUAUAUCAACCGAAGUGAACAAGUCUUUGGCCUUGCUCAGAAGGUCUUCUUAAUAAGACAGUUCUAGAAACCACUGAGUGCUUAUUGCUGUGAGUAAACAUAGCUCUUGAUCGAAAUUACAUGUCUUGUUUUUUAAACAGCUUCUCUACCAGUUUCUACUCUUGAGUAUUUACAAGUAUUUUGGUAAAGACCCAGUUUUCAACUGUAUAAUUUGGUGAUUUUUCAGGGUUUCUUUUGGGCAGAAUUAUAAAAGGAUAUCUUUUGUAGAAAUUUUGUUUUUAGGUCCAUUUUCCUAUGAGUGAGGAAUAGGAGUGAGAGGAAAGAGUUUUAGAAUAACAGAUUUUUAAAAAAUCUAGAUUAUUUAAUUAGAAUCUUUACCAUGCAGUGGUAUAACCUGUGGCCUCCUUUUCUACUUUUAAGGAAGGUUUUCAUGUUUAAUUAUCUUCACAAAGUAUGUGGAAAAUAUUUUCUGAAAAAUAUCUCUUCAGAGCCAAGCUACCUUUCUUGGUUUCUUUCUACUAAGAGCCAUAAAGUAUAGAAAUACUAGUUAGUAACGUCUUGUAUUUGUACCUGGAAUUGUUACAUGCUUUGAGAAAAUAUUUAGUAUGUUAUCAAUUAUUCCUGACAGUGUGGUUGUUAAACUGUAUUUCCAUUUGUUAGAGGUGGUCAUCUUUUAGUAAGACUAAAGGCUCUCACUAGGCUUAAAACUUUGUCUACUUUAGGAUAAAAUAGUUUCUAUAGUUCUUAGAGUCUGAUUAUAAUGUGGGUAUGGUUCUGGGUGGGUUUCUCUAGCUCAUACAUAUCUCAAAUAUUUUCAGAAUGUUGAAUUUCAGUGACAGCUGAAAGAGAGAUGAACCAGGUAUAUCCAGUGAAACCCAUUCCACUUUUGUCUUGUGCCUUUAUGUGCAUUAUCAAAGGGAAUUCUUAAUGGGAUUGCCUUUAUUUGCCAGGGAGUAGAUUUUUUUGUGGGGUUGAGUCUAUCUUGUUUUUUUUGUAAUUUACUGCCCCUGGUAUACAAAGAUAAUGGUGAUAAACUGCCAUAUAACCUUGCUUUUCUAGAAACAUGGCUCAUUUGGAUUGCUGUAACCACUAACUAGGUUGCCUAUCCUAUUCUUCCUGUAAAUGGUACAGGGUUACGGAUUGGAUGAUCUGGCUUAAGUUUAAUUAUACCUGAACAUCCAAAUAAAUAACAUAUUAUUAGCUAUAUUGUAAAAACAAUACCUGGAAUUUUAAAGUGUACACUACAUUAUUGACUAUAUUGUAUUUCAAAGUUAAAAAUCCAUUUUUGUUUGGGAUGGUGUGGUUUGUAAUAGCAAUUUUGAAGACAAAGUAAACUAUUCUGACUUCCAUAUGAUAAAUUCUUACUUUAAAACUUUAUUGUUAAUUGUAGGAAGGUGAAUUGCAGGUAUCUUUUUGAUUAUGGUCAUCUGGGAAAGGAAAUUUUACGUUUUCCCCCCUAAUGCUCCCUAAAUAUCUGUGGAGGUGAAAUAUUUUUGCUCCUGAUCUAGUGGUAACUGUUAAGAGUCACUCACUAGCUGUUUUAUGCAAAGUCAGUUUACUUCAGACCCUUUGUGAGAGCCUUUUUGAAGGAGCAGUUUUAUUCUCUGAAAAGGAAAGACUUCUUUUUAACAGUUUCUAUAGUUUACUUCUUUUAUCACUCAUUUUAUUAGCAUUUGAUUUAAUGACAGUAGAUUGGUAAAAUGGUGAAUUUAGGGUAAAUGACUACAUGAAAGCAAUUACCUGUGAAAUCAGCUAACAAUUUUUGUAGGUGGGGCCUGGCAGAAACUAGCAGAUAACACUGCAUGAAGAAAUGCCUUUAAAAUUUUUUUUAUUUUUUUUUCAAGGCAAAACUCAUCUUGUUGCAGGUAGCAAUCUGUAAAUAAUCUUUUAAAUCCUGCUUUGCAAGAUUAUAGAGAAUAGGCUGGGAGGAACUUAGGUAAGUAUUUCCAUUCUUUUCCUUCUGAUAACUAGAUAGUUUCUUCUCUUAAUACAUAUAUCAAGAAGGAUGUAAAAAGUCAGUGGCCUUAUUCAUAGUAGCACCCUUGGCCCAGCCUCAUUCCUAGCACUUGUCCCAGUGUUGCUAGGUUGUUUAUCUGGUAUCACUGUGGAAUGAAAUUUUCCACAAACUUGCCUUAUUAAGCAGUAAAAUUUCUUAAGCUAUUUUUUUUUGAUGGAGUUAUUUAAUAUGUAUAUCAGAAUAUAGUGGAUAUAACAUUUCUUUUUGUACUUAGCUAUCUGUGCAGACUUCAGGAGCUUCUAAGAACCGUUUUUUCCCUUUACUAAAUGGUCCCAAACUGCUAUGGUUUUGAAUUUUCAGUCAUUUUAACCCUCCUUUUUCUUCUGGUCUUCUUCCUUUGUGAUAGCUGCCACUUCCUGUGUGGUGUUUGGUGUACCUCUCCUUAGUAUUUUCUUCUUUCCUUUCUGUUAUUUCUAACUGCUUGAGCAAGGAAACCAGAUAACCAAAAAUUUUAGAUCUUUCUUUAAAACAAAAGUACAAACUCUGGGACAGGACUCAAGAUGUUUUCCUGUCAGGUGUUGAGAAGGACUUCAGUGCACUGGUGUUUGACAUCAGUUUGACUACUUCCAGUGUUCCCUGAUUCUUGCUGAAUUUCAGGUGGAGAGAAGUGAGUCAUAUUCAUGUUUUCCCCCUUAAUAUUUUGAAAAGUUUUAUUGCUUCCGCUUAAGUGCUGCUCAUACACAAUCUGGGGUUACAGGGGUUCCUAAAUUAGCAUUAACAGCCAGAGGCAAUACUGUUCCCCUUAGGACACCAGCAAACUAGACACACACACAGCCGUCAGAAAAAUCAGAGGGUCGAUUUUGUUUUGUUUUGGUGUCCUCUUAGCUCUACCUUCCUCUAUACUUUUGACCUACAGGUGCCUUUAUGAAAAUUGAGUGACUGAUAUCCUGCCCCAAGGAUUAAUUAAAGUAAUGGCUGAUGUUUUCAGGGAUUUUAACAUCAGACUUGAAUGAAUGAAAGACACCCCACCUUCUCCCCCCUUAAUACAGGAAGACUGAGGAGAAAACUUAGGUGAAGACAAUCAUUUCUCUCUGUGGAUAAUGGGUACUUUUUACAGUUUAUUUAAGAUGCAUUUUCAGUAGGGCCAGAGUUCAUGUUCAUGUUCAAUCUGAAACUAAUGGCUCUGGGAUAGACCAGACCCUUGCACUCUCUAGUUUGUGCUCUGCCACUAAUUUCAUGUAUGACCUUGGGCAAGUCAUUUACCUUUUCUGGGCCUCAGUUGCCUCAUCUGUAAAAUGAGGGAGUUGGACUAGAUUAGUUCUUCCAGCUCUGAAUUCUAAGUGACCUUGCCUACCUUGCAGCAGUUUUGUAUUUCUUCCUUACCUACUCUGCUGUUUGAGGUGUUUUUUUCCACCCCUGUUAUUCAAAUAAGAUUAGGCUUGCUAUUUUACUACUCUUCUCCUGUGGACUAGAAGUUACAUAAUAUGUCCUUAAGACUUAAUUUUAACCAAAGGCCUAGCACUACCGUAGGGGCUGCAAUAAAUACUUUACAAGAACAAAAACCUGAGAGGGGGAAAGCCUUCGUUUUUCCAUCAUCUCUGUUCAAAGUUUAUAAAGGCUUUUUCUGGGUCAUGACCUUCUAGCUUUCAAGUGAGUAUGUGUGUGGUGCCAUCUUUAUUAGUGCUGUGUACUGGUAGUUUUUUUCAACUGAAAUGGAUUGAAAACCUAUUGUUAAUGCCUAAUGAUGAGAGGCCAUACUUUGGGUCUUUGGUUCCUUAACUCUUCUGUGCUCAAAGUGGUAAUUCCUCUGAACUGCAUUUGUUAAAAUGGUUUAUAUGACUCGAAACAUUACCAGUGGAUGAUAAUUCACUUUUAUUUUGGUUCUUUCUAGGUCCAUUUUGAUUAGACAACUUUUGACUGGGUCAUUCCUUUCUGAGUUCUCUUCCAGCUUAUUCCUGGAUGAGGAUAGUUAAUGAACUUGGCAUUUUUAAGGACCUAGGGAGAAUUCCUUGUGGGUGGGUUGAAGGCGGGGGUUGGGGAGUCCUGGUAGAGGCCAGCUGUGAUAGCUGGAGAGAUUGGGAUGAAACCAGCUGCUAAUGCUAAGGCUGCUUGCCAUUGAUAGAAGGACUCAUGGGCUUGGAUUAGUUAAAUAGCUAACCAUGGAGUUGGCAAACUUCCUCCAAUUUGGGGUUCUGUGUAUUGCAUUGAAUAUGUGAUUUAAGGAAAAAGUGUGAAUGCUUGUGGAUGAUGAAAACCUGGUGGGCUUCAGAGCCCAUUUUGGAAGAAGUGACUAGGGGGUUAGGGACAGAUUUGGUGAUGGUAUUUCCCAACUCUGUCUCCUUCCCCUGAAGCCCAAGGAAUAUAGCUAUGCCAAAACCCAGAGAAGAGCCACUCUUAGCUUCUGCUUUUGGGAAAACUGGUCAGCUGAAGCUCCAGUUAGUUCCUUUGUGGCUUUCUGUAUACUUUCGCCUGGUUGAAGUCUGUGGCUAAAAAAACAGUUGAACCUUUUCUUGAGAACUCUGUAACAAAGUAUGUUUUUGAUUAAAAGAGAAAGCCAACCAAAUCAUUUAUGUGCUCAUUCUU